AUGAUACCUGCAGAUAGUCCAUGUAAUAAGUUCAUUGUCGAAAUGGAAACGACUACUGAGCUAGUUGACACCACUGACCACUCCAUCUAUGGUCUUGUCGUGUUCCUCGUCAUUCUUAUUUUCUUCGCCUCACUCACUACUGGACUCAUUUUAUGUCUGCUCAAAAUAUGGUGUACAUUCCACGAACAACGACGUAACUCUACUUUCGACCAGAGAACCCGUCGGUCUAUAAUCAGAAGCUCGCCCAACUUUGAUGAUAGUGAUGACGAGUCGGAAACUCAAACCACGUUGAGCAAACGACGUUUCUCGCAACGUUUGAUGAGCUACGUCACUAAAACUCUCGAUAAACGGGAAACCACAAAGGAAACAAUCAAAACUGAUAUUGAACAACCACAAAUUCACGGAAGAACCGGUAGUGUUAGCAGCCGUCGUUUGCCUGCUAUUAAUGUAGAACCAACAUCUGAUGUUAUGGAAACAUUGAUGAAAGACUUGGAAGGUAUUCCAAGUUUGAGGAAUAAUUACGAAGACAACGAUCCAGCAAAUGUCAUUGAUGUUUAA